UGAGAAUUCCUGAUGAAAACACGACCAAAAUAGUUUCUGAUUAAUUCUCUGUCCAUCGAUUAAUUAACAUUUUUGUUCAAUAGCUGAAUUACAAACAAAACUACGCUGUCAAACCUUAAGCGAUAACACAAUGAUUUGUUGUUGUACAAUAUACUCAUAUAAGUUUGUCUGUGAAAGUCAGACGUUUUCUUUCCUUUUUAUAAACAAAGAUCCUGUAGGAUUUACAACAUGAAAUGAAGCUUUAGGAGUCUGAGUUAAAUCAAGUGGAGCUUUUACUUCAGUGCAACACCACAGCAAAGAAAUACCAAGUCCUGCUUUCAAAAUGUUAUUUAAGUAAAAGUACUGAAGUAUCAGCAUGAAAAUAACCUACAGAAAAGUACUGAAGUAAAAGUACUCGCUCUGCAGAAUGACUCUUUUCAGAAUCAUAUUAUUAUCAUAGUCAUUGAUGCAUUAAUGUGUUUGUCACUUUAAUGUUGCAGGUUGUAAAUGUGGAGUAAACUUGAAUUAUCUAUCAAUAAAGUACUUUAACCUACAGUAACAUAUUUAUUUGUGUAUUUGUAAAGUGGGGUAUUGAUUAUAUUUUCUAUUAUUGAUUGUAGUAGAAUUACCAAUUUAAAAAAGGAAGUACUGGAGUAAAGUAAAAGUAAUUCAAACAGUUACAUUACUUGAGUACAUGUAUUACUCCUCCAGGCCUUCAUCAUGUAAUCUGCACGUUUUCUUUCUCCAGAUCAUGCGGCACAGGUGAGUCGGGAUGGCCCCGCCCCCCUCAGGUGCGGCUCAUUAAAAAGCUGCUAAAGCGGAACAAUGGCGUCUGUCCGUCUGAAGUGAAGGCGCCAAACUUAAACUGCAAAAAUGUCAACGAGUGGAGUGGAAACGGCCGCUCAGAGCCCGCUGCUCUCCUCCAGCUUCUGUUUCAGUCCCUGGUCACGUGUCUGCGUGAAGGGUUGGUCGGCCACCGUGUGGAACGGCCUCCCUGACCCGCUGCUGGCCGCCGGGUCCUCCGGGUGCUGCACCCCCGAGCCGUGGCUCCUCCCCGGUUGCAGCUCCGUCUACGACAGCCUGGUCAGUAACGUCUCUCCGAUCCCGUCUCCUCCUCCUGCGAGUGGCGUGCGAGGACGAGACCGAGCGGCCAGCAACAAACCUCGCAGGCCGUCCAUCCUGGAGCGCUGUAUCCUCAAAGUGUCCACCAGCAGUGUGGCUGUGGGGACGGACGAUCUGGACAACAAGAGGUCCCCCCUCGGUCGCUGCUACCCCCGCCUCCCUGAUCCCGCCAACACGGAGACCAACGCCGCGGUUCUGAAGCGGCGGCAGAAACAGAUUCAGUACGGCAAGAACACCAGUGGUUACCAGAACUACCUGCAGCAGGUGCCCAGACACCUGAGGGACCCUAAGCUCCACCCAUCCACCCCCAACAAGUACAGGAAGUACAGCCGGCGCUCCUGGGACAUGCAGGUGCGUCUGUGGAGGCGGGCGCUGCACCUGUGGGACCCUCCGACCAACAACCAGCCGGACGCCGACACUCGGGACCCGGUGGAGCAGCUGCAGAGCCAGCUGGAGAAGAUGACCUCUGACCUGUGUGAGGACAGAGGAGACAAGCAGAGAGAGAAGGAGACUCCAGCAGCCUCUGACGCCUCCUCUGUUUCUCCUCUGUCUCUGGAGCUGCCUGGACCCUGGACUGUCCCCUUCUCCCCGGACUGUGAGUCGAGCCGUCGUCCUCUCCGCUCUCCUCCCGGCCUGAGCUACUCCCUCAGGAGUCAGCUGACCCCCGACGACAACAUGACGGACUGGCUCCGCCUCCUGCUGGAGGCCGACCACACCCAGGAUCUGGGCUCUGACGACCAGCAGGUCCCCGUGUUUUCCGACCAGCUCUUGUGGAAUCCGUACUGAUGGUCUCUGGUCUCCGGACCUCCACUGCUCUGAAACCAGCAGGGUUCCCUGAUCUGUCCCCGUCGGCAUCACGUGAACUCGAUGUGACGCCGUCGUCUGGACUGUGAGCUCCGACGACCCCGAGUGUGUCAGAGUAACGUGUGUGUGUGUGUGUGUGUGUGCGUGUGUGUGUGGUUUCGAGUGUUUGUCUUUUUAAGAUCACUGCAGAUUUACUCUAACGACAGCAGGGGUGUGACUGGUCCUUGAUUCCAGUUUCGUCUCAGCGCUCCAUGAUCUGUUCUUAGAGGAGGAAGCCCAGGAAGUGUUGAGAUUUCCCAGCUGCUCCUGAACGUGUCCUCUGUUCAGCCAGCUGAGCACGGUCCUAUAGUUAGCACUUUAUAUUUCUGUUCACCUGCGUCAGGAUCACCUGUCACCUGGACCAGGUUUUAGUUUGAGUCCUGCACUGAAGGAAAGUCACUUGUGUCACGUUGUCGUCUUCGAUCCACCUUCACCUUCACCCUCGCUCUCUGGCUCCUCCUCCUCCUCCUCCUUCUCUGUACCGCCAUGUUUUUUCUAAAAAACACAAACUUGAUUAUUGGAGGGAAACAGUUUGUCACUUUGUGUUGUUGUGAGUUUUCUUUUACUUUUUGUGUUUCUCGACUUGUUGUUUUGUGCUGCUUGAAUAUGGAGAGCAAAGCUGAAAGAUGUGAUUAAUAAAGAUGUAA